AGGAUUCUGUCUCAUCUUUGAAAACCAAACGUGUUGCUGAGACUGUCAAAAAAGAGAGCAGCAGUAGUGGGGAAGAUUGGGAUGAUAGUUCUGAAGAAAGUUCAGAAGAUGAACCUUCAAAACAGCAACAAGCUAAGAAGGAUUCCGUCCCAUCUUCAAAAACUAAACCUGUUGCUAAGAUUGUCAAAAAAAGAGAGUAGCAGUAGUGAGGAAGAUGAGGAUGAUAGCUCUGAAGAAAGUUCAGAUGAUGAACCUUCAAAACAGCAACAAGCUAAUAAGGCGAUUCAAGCAUCUAAAAAGAGCAAUAGCUCUGACUCAUCUGAGGAAUCUUCUAAUGAGGAAAGUGAAGAUGAGGAGCCACUUAAGACUCCGAAGAAGAACUACCUAUUAAAUGGUUCACAUAGGGAAAUCUUAGAGCAUUUGUGGGAAAGAUGGCCUGAUGAUCAAUACUGUGGAACUGUUUUGCGCAUCCCAAUGGUGAAUGGGAAGAAGACCACUUUUGGCGACGAUUAG